AUGGGUUUCCGAUUUCGAGUUGCAGUCGGUGCCUACAGGAUCUCCCGAAGAGUGACCCGAGGUGGCGGUGUGUCGGAAGGGUGUCUCUUCCUGUCGGCAGCGGACCACACGAACCACUCCCGGAUCAGUAGGAGAUGGCACAUAGGAGAUCAUUCUCAUUCCCACUCCCACCAUCAUCAUCACCUGGGAGGUAAGGAGGCCGAUGGGGUGUUCAAGCUGGGCCUUGCUGCUGACGUAGCCCUCGCCGUGGGCAAGGGUCUGGCAGGGUACCUCUCCGGCAGCACGGCUGUCAUCGCCGAUGCUGCACAUUCCGUCUCCGACAUCGUGAGUUCCGUUCUAAUACCCCAAGGGUUUUCUAUUGUUCUUCUUGUUUUUUCCAUUGUAUCCUCCAUCAAGUCUUCGGUGGAUUUCUGCGCUACUGGCGCUGGUUUCUUUGGACCUCCUAGCAGUCGUAUGCCGUGGCAAAAUAAUGCUUCUGUGGAGAUGCAGGGAUCCAAGCGGAGAUUGUGUAUCAGAUCACUCUAAUAGAGAGAUACUAUCCGAAAUUGAGCAUGUCGGAUAUUAGUAUGAUACAUGGUAAAGUUAGAAUGAUUGACAAUAAUCCACGUCUCCAUCUUCAAAUAGUCGGGAAUUGGAUAAUGGUGAUGCUUUUCCUACUAAAAAAUAAAAAUGAAAUGAAAUGAUUGAGUGAGUAAUGCAUAAUAAAUAAGCAAUCUGUGUUUUGAGGUUUGAUGUCCAUUAUCAUCCUCUAAAAAGAAGGAAUGGUUCAAAAAAUGGAAAUGAUCUGGAGAAGCCUGUGUUCAUUACUGUGAGGAAAUGAUUACUUCAGGCUUUUAUUUUUUUCAUAAUUGAGGAUUAGAAAGGUCCUCAAAGCGAAGACAAUGAUAAAAUCCCUAUGUCCCUCUAAUAUUAGCUACUGAAAAGCACCUAAAAUUUUGUCAGGGUUGGACUAGGUCUUAGGUUUCAUCUAGGAAUUACGUUUUCAUGUGUCAGGACACGUUGGCAUUCUUUUUUACUGAAAGUGGAUCAUUUCCUUCUGUUCAUAGAGCCCUAACAUAGUACUUAUGAAAACACCAAGUUUGCUAUUGAGCAUUUCAUUUUCUCAAGGUCCGUCUUUUGCACUUUGGACGUCUACCAGGUGGGCAUUUUAGAAUAAGUUUAAUAUAUAGUUUACUCACAGUCUUUAUCGUUCUCACAUAACGCACUACUUUGGUAGCUUCUCCAAAUACCUUUUCCCAUUAGAGAAUUCUGUCAAGAGUUACUGCCCACUAUAGAGGAUAAAAGAAUUGGAACAGUGACAGUUGUUUUUGGUGAUGAAACCAAGGAGCAUUGUUAUAAACGCUGUCAGUUCUUUAACAGAAGAGUCGUUGAGAGUUUCCAUCCAGUAGAUCUUCAUCAGCUACAAUCCAGUUUCAGAUGUUCUCUUUCUUCAUCUUCAAGGAUAACACAGUGGUGUCAUUGUCAAAACGAUAUGUAAAGCAUUAUCAUGUUGUAUGAGACUCCAUUGUUCAACUUAUGUUCGCCUGUGAUUGCUAAUGUACUAAGUGUAUGACGUCAGAGUUGCCCAUGGCUCCAGAAAGAAAUCUGCCACCAUGUUACUUAACCUUCCAUCAAAGGCAAGUUGAGGAGGAUAAAUAUUGGCGUCUAGAAACCAUUUUCGAAGCAAACCUGUAACCAUACCUACAAGGUGGCCUGCACUUGCCAUUAUCAGAAAGGCAUGCGACUUUGACAUUCAGAGUGGGGGAUGGGUAAGAUCAGGUAAUGCGUGAAAGGCUGAGAUGUCUUUCAUCGAGGAUUGUGAUCAAGCCCUUUUCAUUAUUGAGCAUGUAACAAAUUUUUUAAUGGCCUUUCAAUAUUUAAAGGACUGUGGAAGACCUGACUUCUAUAUUUAAGAUUUGUUAGGCUUAUCUUUGUUCAGAGAGUAAAUGCCAAAAAAAAUAAAUUAUAAAAAUGGAAAAUAAUCCUCUAUUUUUUUUCAUCAGUAAAAGUUGUUGAGUGUGAUGCCAAAUCUUAUGAAUCUUUGUAGACACUUUCUGUCAGAUAAAUCUCGAGUGCUGCUUUACAAUUCUAAAAUUCACUGUGAAGUUUGAUCACCAAACAGAAUCUGGGCUAUACAAUGGCCUCAAUUCUUUACAAAUUUCUAUGGUAUUCUUUAGUGAUUUAUUUUCUCAUGCUGUUUUCGUCAAUAUAUUUCAUCAUUUUGGAUUUGCAUGUAUCUGAUUGUGUUUGUUUUUUAGUAUUGAAAAUUGAUGAACUAAUUACGUUUUUCAUUCAUGGUUUCAUUUUGACAGGUUCUGAGUGGUGUUGCUUUAUGGUCAUUUAGAGCUGCCAGAGUUCCUAAAGACAAAGAACACCCAUAUGGUUUGGAUCUACAUUUUCGAUGGAUACCUAAAUCUGCUUCAGUGAUAUCGUGAAGAUCUAUUAUGCUAUUAUUGAUGAAAUAUGACAUUCUUCUGCCUUAAUUUUUCCAUCUCUCUCCCCAAACCUCCAGUAAAACCUUACUUCUAAACAAUAUUGAAAUGCAUCAUUCCUUGCAUAGAGUAUUGUCCUUUGGAACUUUGAUUGUUAAUGAUUCGAUGACAAUUUUUUUGAAUAAAGCUGGCUUCCCAAAAUGGCAAUUUGGUUUCUUUCUUUCUCAAUAUCCAGGUGUCAUUUAGUGUGUUUUUUCACCAGUACACUUUGCAGUGACAUUAGGAUUUCAUCGCAAGUGGUCCUUACUGUUCUCUAAUUUUACCUUCCUUACGACAGAUUCCUAUACUUCAGUCUCAUGAAUCUUCUUGAAGGGGUCUUGUUAAUCUUUUAGGCUAUAUUAAAUGUUGUGGCUGUUCUCCAGUUCUACAGUCAUUUAUAGUUUUUCUGGUAUUUUGCAUGUCCAGAGCCCGUUUUUCCGCUGACCUAUAUGGCGUCCUGGAAAGAACUCAUUUUAACAAGAGUGUCAUUUGGUAUCCACAGAAAAUUCCAUUUUCCUUUUGGGGGAAAAAGGUUAGUUUGGCCGGUUGUAAGGUAUAAUUGAAGUAUGGAUGUCAGCUUUUCUAUUAUAGUUGCCAGAGGUACACGAUAUUUGGCAUUGUUAUCAAAACAUUCAGUAAUUGGUAUCCCAUGAAAUAUUGUAGAAAGAAGUGCUCUGAAGUUUACGAUAGCGAGUAGCAUUUCUUUCUCUAUUGAUUGGUAAAAUUUCCAUAUUUUUUAGUGCUUAGGAUAUGAUUGACGAAUAUUUUCUUUACUGAGAUGAAGUAUCUGCUCAAUUCUUCAGGGUCUUUCUGUUGAGAUAAUGAAAUAUUUGGGAAUGGGUGGUGACUUGUUGUAGGAAAUGUUAGUAGUCAUUGCGUGGCACAGAGAAUGGUUUUAAUAGGUCAGUAUGCACUGGUUCUGUGAUAAAGGAUAGGAUAGUAGGAACUUUCAUUUUUACCUCCCCUCUCCUCACUUUAUUAUAGCUCUCUUGUUGUUAUUGUUAUUGCUGCUUUUGCUCUUCAGCUUGGAAGAUAAACAGACAAACUACUGCCGAAGAGACCUCACAUAAAAUGGUCCGAAGAUGUUCAGGAUUUCCUCAAUUAGUGUGGGAAUUGAAUGAUUCUCCACGCUUCAUAUUGAUUUCAAAUAGUGGAUGGUGGAUGUACUAAUGAGUUCUCCAAACAUGUGAUGCACCUAAACAGUAAAGUGGGUCAUUUGCAACCAUAGAUUGUAGCGACUGACAUCCUAUUCAAUGUUACCGCUUACCCUUGAUAUUUUGUUUUCGUUGUUCUUCUUGUAUUUCAUUGAAAGUGGUCUGUGCUGUGUAAUCAUUGAAUCUUAAAAGGCCUUUUUGGUCGAGGUUCCCUCAACAUUGAAGCAAUAGUCACAGUACAUUUGUAGUAGAGCCCGAGGGCUGCCAAAGAAUCAAUUUAUUCAUGCAAAGGGGGGUCCCUUUCUCAGGGCAUGGUAUUACUACUCUCCUGGCAGGUACCUACUCCAUAUGGUCGGCCUCUCUGGCUCCCUUUUUGCUGCCUCUUUGAGAGAAAGGAAACCCGUAGGCCAAUUUCUGAUUCAUUGAAGAGAAUAUUUUUCCUCCGAUUUUCAACUUUUUUGAAACCCUUCUCACGUGCAUAAGAAUUUUUAAAAUUUGUUCUGCAUGAUUCUUUAAUUAUUCUUAUAGGUUCUCCUAUACGUGCAAUUUCUUUUUGACAUUUUGUGUUUGACCAUUUGUAUAGAUUAGGAGGUGUGACUGAAUAAUUGAUAUGGUAUCACUUUCGUUUGUUUCCCUCAGGACAUGGUAAGUUUGAGAGCCUGGGAUCUCUUGGGAUUUCCUGUAUGCUUUUAGCAACCGCAGGGGGUAUUGCCUGGCAUGCAGUACAUGUUUUGCAGGUACGAAAUCUUUCAUUUUCUCGUAACUUAUGGUAGCUCCCUUUGGUGCGGUUUUUCCACAGUAACAUUAAACAUUCGCAUGAUAUGACAUUUUUCCUAAUUCUUACUGUCUUAUUUCAUUGGUUAUACUAAUAUUUAUUUGAAAGAAAAAUUAAAAUUUAUGCUUAGGAAUUAAUGGUGAAGUUACUAUUAUAUGAAGUGAAAUGAUUCCUUACCUGUUUCUCUUUCCUGAUCAGGACCUAUACGUAUCAACAACUGAUGUUAUUAAUCAUUCUCUUGUACAUCAGCAUCAUAGUCACGUUCACAAUGGCCAACAUCAUGGGAUUGACUUGGAUCACCCUGUCCUGGCUUUGAGCGUGACCAUUAUGUCAAUCCUUGUCAAAGAAGGGUACAUUAUGAUACCUAGAUAUUCUUGAUACCUCUCCUGUAACUUAUUUGCUGAUUUGUUGGUAAAUAAGAAAUUACUUCAAGAAGUGGGUUAAAAGCUUCAUAUUAUUAUGAUUGAAUCAUUUCAUGGAACCACUGUGUGUAUUUUACUGCAUCUACAUUAACAAGUGGGAGUAAUGAGUAGGCCUUAGUAUGAUGUAAUCUUUUUGGCAGAAACUAUUAUAUUUUUGUCUACUUUGUUUCUGAAAAUUAUUUUCAGUGCUGACUAAUAUGUCAGUGUAUGUCAAUAGUAGGAUAUGCCAGAGGCCUGAUGGUCUGUGUCUCUACGUUCAUCUCUUGCCCGCCCUUAGGUUGUUUGGUGUUAAAGGAAUUUAUCUUUCAUUCUGGAGGUGAUUAAAUUUGUUCGACAAUUGAAUGAUGAAAGUUUAAAUAGCCAAGAAAUCUUAUUUGGUGUUGCCUUAGUAUCAUCCUAUGAGAUGGUCCUAGCUUUCUUAAAUUUCUAUGCGAAAAAUUGUGCGGUCCUUACUUUCUCUAACUUCAUCUUAACAGAGUAAUUCACUAGAUUAGACUUGCUUUACCCUGAAUAAAACUAUACUAUGUUACCCAGCAGGAGUGGAAUUCAGUUUUCCUUGAUAAAAAUAUUUUUCUUGUCGCUUUGUUCUGCGAAUUAUUUAUAAAUGCUUUGGUAUUUAAUGAGACAACUUUUUUAUCGGUUAAUAAUCGUGCAUUACUAUCCACUUAUAGAAGGGUUGAUUCCAUGUUUAACCUCACAGUGCUUGUACUAUCAGGUGGUGUUGUGAUGUCAAAUUGCAUAAUUAUACAGAUAGUUCCUCAGCAUAAAACAACAGGGUUAUUUUAGAUGAUGAACUUGUUCUGUGAAAGAAGCUUCAAUAGUACGAAGUAUCUUCCGAAGAUACAUGUGCAACUUUAAAUGCUACAAAGUUCAUUAUUGUUCGAAAAAACUUUACUUUUAUACUAUGAAUAUGUAGAAAUCUAAUUGGUCAUUUGUUGAAUGCAAGGCUUUAUUGGAUUACAAAACGUGCUGGAGAUAGGGAAGGAAGUGAGCUAAUGAAAGCAAAUGCAUGGCACCAUCGUGCAGAUGCUGUGUCAUCAGUAGUUGCUCUAAUUGGCAUAGGUAACGAGCCUAAUCUUGGAUUAUGAUUUCAUUUCCUGAACAUAUUCUUUUGACUUAAAUCUUUCUUUGCCUUGAGUUUUACGGGUUGGACUAUUCACUUCAUUUCUCUGUUAAAAAGAAAUGUAGAAUAUAUUUACCUCUAUGUUUAAGUAUCUUUUGUUGUAGAAUGCAAUUUGAGCAUUAAAAAUUUGUUAACACCUCUGCUUAUAAUGACAUUGAUGACUAUGCUACCUUUAUAAAAGCAAAUAAUAAUUUUCAACCAUGCAAUUGUGCCAUCUGAGAUUUCAGUAGUGUAGUUAUGGAAGAAAAACAAUUACCUUUUGGGAACCUUAGAUUGGAAGAUCAUCAAUUGAGAUUGAUGACUUUGUGAUUCAGGUAAGGAUUGGUACAGAAGAAUGUUGCUACCAGAAGGCAAGGGCUUUAACACAGUAGAUUUCGUGUGACUUUAUUUCUUAGCAGAGAAGUUGAGCUAUAUGACAACGUCAUGUAUGACACUAAUGAGAAGAAAGUGUUCGCUGUUCAAAUUUAUAACCAUGGAGGAUAUUGAGAAAAUCACCAACUAUUAAUCUAUAAAAACGUUGAUAGCUAAAUGAGAAACAAUAGAGUUUAUUCUGUCGAAGUAGGUACUUCUUCUGUAGUAAGAUAGAUUCGUACAUUUAUGACGAGUCUUCGAUUUUAUUUCAUCUUUACUGGAGAUACCUUGUCCUUUACGUCAUAUUAUCAUACACGUUUUAAGUUACCUACUAGAAUAUAUGCUCUGCCGUUUAGUGGAUAAGUGUGGAUUAUUCUGUUUUCUUUCAUUUUGACUUCGGAUGAAGACGAAUCAGAGGUAGUAGUACUUUUACUGAUAUGCUUCUUAAACUAGAGGGUCAUUGAUUGAUCAUAAAUGUUAUCAUUGAUCAUUGUCUCUGUAAAUGCUUCAAAGCAUAAUGUAUAAUUCAACAAACAAAAUAAUUUAUUACCAGUAUAGUUAUAUCAUUAAGAGUUGUAAUCAUCACAAAAAAAGUUUUAAUCAAUUUUUUUCAAAGCAUUUCCUAGGGGACCAUUCUUAUACUGCUUGUUUGUGAGUACCAAAGGCCAUUGUCAUUGAUUGAUGGCACAUGCUUGUUUGAGAAUAAGUGGCCACUGUCUUUCUCGAAUGGCACAAACAGGGAUUCGUAUAUGCAUAGCUCCAUUCCUGAACAUCAUAUUCUCUUCAGCUGGAAUAUAGUAUUUAUAAUAUAUUUAAUAAAUAAUAACAUCUUAAUUAUUCAUAUGAUCUGUGAAAAUUUAUGAAACUAUGUUAUACAUAUAUUGUAGCACUUUUUAGAAAGUUCAUUUACGAUGUCAUUGAAAAUUCUUUCAACAUAAUAAAAAGCAUCACCUAAUGCCUCACCUUGUUUCUUAUAAAGUAAGGCAGUAAUCCGGUGUAUUAGGGACCAUAAUCAGCUUUGUUUCAUGUGCUAAUUUAAAAAUACUAUACUCAAUCGUUGAUAGUGUGCCUAAGUUCAGUAAUGUGAUAAGACCAUAACACUAAUUAGAAGUUUAAUGCAUUUGUUGGUCCCUGCAAUUGACAAGAGUAAGGAUUGAAGGGCUAUUAAAAUUGCCACAAGUGGGUAUGGGUAAGGCUGCUAUUAAAUUGUGGAAAGUGUGAAGAAAUCUAUGAUGCAAACCUUACAGGAAGCGAGCUAAGAAGAAAAUUUGGAAUCGCCUUUCAUUUGUGUAGUUGUGAGCCUUUGGUGGACUGGAAAAUGCUAGAAAAAAUCUUAAACAGACGAACUAAUGAUUGGCUUAUUUUAUCAUUAGAUUUCACUUAGAAUCUUCGCAACUGAUUUGUCCUGGACUAUGUCAAUGUGACUGAUGUGAGUCAGUUGAGCUAGCAUUAUAAAAGUUUGAUACUCGUUACUCGUGUGUUUUAACUAAACCUAGAUACUUUUCACCAGUCAUUUUAGAGGCAUUUUUAUAGAAAUCUCCACUGUUGAUGAGAUUUUUUCGUUGAAUUGAUUCUCGAAAAUAAAUUGUGUAGAGCUUAUAUAUCCACUCCGUUUUUUUUUCUAUUGAUCAGCAAAAAAUGGUCCAGUAUAUUCUUUUGUUGAAGAGUUUAUUCUCCUUCAACACUUUUACUCCAAAAGCACGGACCUUGAAAAAAAUAACUUUGUUUUCCAAUAGGAUGAUGGUCUUUUUUCCUUUUUGCUUUCACCUGCGUUAUGCUAUUUUGGAUAAAAUCAUAGCGCGGUUCACAUCUUUAAAGAAUUUGAAAUUUUAUAUUUUACUGUCUUCUGAGUCGUUUGUUGAGGUUCACCUUGGAUUUGUGUUUUUCACUGCAGGAAGUGCUAUUCUUGGAGUGCCAUUUCUGGAUCCGCUCGCUGGGGUUGUUGUAUCAGGGAUGAUCCUUAAAGCAGGGAUGGGAUGUGGUUACCAUAGGUGAUUCAAUCUCCCACGUUUUUUUUGGCUAGUUUAGUCCAGUGACCUUAUGACAUAAGGUACUUUAUUGAAAAGAAUGGUGCCAUUGAAAUAGUUUCACUUAUGAGUAUCAGACAAGAGAAACUUUAUUUACUUAAAGAGCUCUUCGUUAAUGAGUUCCAAUUAUUUGAAUGAUCUGUGGGGGAGGAUUAGUGGGUGUAAAAUUCUUAAUGAUACAAUGAUGUAAACUUUUUUAUACCUCUCAAUGAUCUAUUGUUUUCCAUCAAUUUGAUAUGUUUGUAGUCUCAUGGAGCUUCUUGAUGCUGGAGUCCCUCUCCCCAUUCUAUUACCCAUUAAACAGACAAUACUUCGCGUUGAAGGUGUGAAGGUAAGCCUCAAUGUUCGGGACAAUUUAGUAUGCUUUAAUCGUAUACUUGGGCGGAAAUAAUUUAUUAUUACGGUAUAUGCAAGUAAAAUCCUAUUAGCAUAGUUUUCUAUACCCAAAAUAUAUUUCGCAAAUCAAAAAAAUGAAUCAAAGAAACAUGCACGGUUUCUAGGAUGGCAGAUUAAAAUCUAGAUCCAGUAUGCUGUAUCAGGAAGGUUGGUUGAUCUUACUCACUAUUUUCUCUGUCAUUUCAAAGAAGGUUGAUCGGCAGAGACUUGAUCAUGUCUCCUCAAUGUCUUUAUACAGGUCUGUCCCUUGUCCCAACGGUGUAGGUGUCACGUUAUCAUCCUCAACUUUAAAAACUACUAGUCACCAGUGCAUGCAACAAACCUAGAAUCAUCGCAAAUGUCUUGUUGGACACCUUCAUCUCAAUUCAAAGUUUCCAGAUUGCAGGUGCUGUUUUAAGACCUUUUAGUUGAUAUUUGCCAUAACUCUGGAUCUGGCUCCCAUUCUGGCGACUUAUCUCCAACAUUAUUUUUAAUUAUCUUGAGGUUAUUUGAUUGGGGUAGUUGUCACAUGAUGCAUUGAUUCGCACUCUGCAUCAGCUUUGUGUCGGGCCUGGGUUGAUCAUAAACUAUUAGUCACUCAGAACAGUCUGAGUUGCCUCUUAGCUGGUGCUGAUUAUGAUCCUUUGAAUUUGGAAUCUAGUUACCCAGUUCUUUUUCUUCUUCUUCGAGUCCAUUGAUGCCUUGCUUACUAAACUGCAUUUCUUUUUUUAUUUCUAUGCAACGAAGUACAAAUGUUUACCACUGGAAUUAUGUAGUUUUGUCCUCCUAGUUGACCUAGUCUUCUUAAUGUUAUCGUGAUUGGAUGAUAUUCUUAAGGAUUUUUUUUGGGAGAGAACUUAUCAAGUGAUACUUUUCUGUUUCUUCUUUGAAAUUUGAGGAAUCUUCUGCCAUUAUCCAGCACCAUCCUUGAGUUGAUAUCUUCUUUCUCUAUGUCGCUGACCGAUAUGUUCCUGUACCACGGAUCAGAUAAGCAUGAAAAAGCUGCUUAUGAGUACAUGUUCGUUGCAUUGGAGAUAUGGUAAUUUGUGGCCAUGGCAUAUUUCAAUGGCUACUUGCUAUCGCAGUCGCGCAUUUGCAUAUUCAUCAUCGUCAAAAAUCCCAUUUUUCAUUGAAAUAUACUGCAAUUGGGAUCUAUUGAAUUCUUUUUUCAUACCAGACCUUAUGCUACUGUCACAGGGAUGCCAUCAGUUGAGAGGAAGGAAAGCUGGUUCAUCUUUAUAUCUUGAUGUACACAUUGAGGUGUGUCAUCUUAUGUUUCUCCGUUUAGCUAGUGGACAAUUUACUGUUUUUUCUGUAGUACCCUCUUUCAUGAAUAGGGCAUUGAGUAAUUCUUUGCUGUAUGAUUUUGUUGUAUGUAACAGUGCAAUAGUCCUUUUAUACUAAGCAUAGAUUCUCCUUCUUUGUGGUUGUUGAGGAGCUUCGUUUUGGUUAGUUUAAGAGCUGGGGGAUGCAGGCGAUCGUAGGGAGGACAACAGUCGAGAGUCAUGUUCAAUAGUGAGGGCUAACCGAACUUUUGAGAGAGGCCUCAGUUCAUGGAUUAACCAAUUCCCCUGCAUGCAUUUGUUCAGCUUCUUUUCAGAUAAUGUUUUGAUUUAAUAGACAUUCUGAGAGAAUAUCAGACCUUCCUGCAUGCAUCAGUUCCUGUAUGCUCUUUGUUAAAUUUUACUUUUAUUUUUAUAAUUUUGAUGAAGAAUUCUUACAGCUGGCAGCAUAAACACUGCAGGUAGAUCCAUUCCUAAGCGUUAGUGCUGCUCAUGACAUUGGUGAAAAUGUUCGGCAUGAAAUCCAGGAAUUUCACGAGGAAGUUGCAGAAGUAUUCAUACACAUUGGUACUCUUACAUGAUUUCGUUGAAACUAUGUACUGUUCAGUAAUUGACAUUUAAAAUGUAAGGGCAUUCGUUUAAAUCUUAUAAACUCUGAUUUAUUUUGAUACAGACAGUUAAGAAUGUGCUCUUCGCCCUUAUUACUAACGAAUAGCUAAAUCUAGUGACGAAGAGCUGAUGUUGCCGAGAUAACUUCUUUCUCUCAUUUACAAAAGGUACACCAAUUGGUAGUGGAGAUGAAGGUUAGGGUAUAUUGUAUAUAUAAUCCAUAUAUAUGUAGACCGAUGGUUUUCAUUAUAAAAAUAUCCUUCGCUUUGCUGCUAUGGGUCAUUGCUCAAUUAGCUUUGUGAUGGCUCGCAGCACUCUUCUAAACUGCACUGGGGAGAGAAGCUUUGGGCGACCUGGAGAUAUUUUUAUUUUUUUCACCUUUUGUUUCCUCUUUUUUCCAGUGAAAGGAGCAAGCUCUUCGAGGAUGCAUCAUUAUAAAGAAACAACGUAGCACAUUAAUUUUAUGACUUGCAAUCCACUUGUAUCAAUGUUUGAAUGUGCUUUUGUGUUCCUGCAUGUUCCAUAAUGUGGAAAACUAGUUUUUUAAUUUUUUUUAUCAUUUUAUUUUAUCUUGGGGUUUAUCCAACGGAGUAGCAGCUCAUAUCUGACAGCUGACUCUAAAUUUUCCUGUGAAACCUGCUGCAGAUCCCUCAGUUUCUGACUUAUCCAAUAUUAAGUCAGGCCAGCAGAAUAAUUCAAAUGGCUUCCACGAGAGAGAUGUUGUAGCACUUGUUCAUAGUAUUUUUUCAUCACAGUUUCCCAAGGUAUGCUCUGGCUCAUACGCAUGUUUAUUAAAUGGAGCUUUGGAUGUUCCAAUUUUUUAAUUUUUUUCUGAAACUUAUUGAUUUGGAUAAACAUCCUAAAUCAGAUCUGCGCAUGAUUCCAACACGGAUUAAACUGGGGUUUCUUAGUCACGGCGUCGAAUCUUUUAUCACACAUCAUUACUUGAUUUUGCUAUUCUGCACUGCAUUACUUCUUCCCAUUUAGUCUCAAAGGAUCAUUAUUUUUUAUUAUACUCACAGCUAAUUGAAAGAAACUCUGCUCAAGCAGAUGCAUUUUUGCAUUUUUUUAUAUCGAAUAUCCAUUUUCUCAUAUUUUUAGUAUGAAUCUUUUUUCCACUUCCUUUUCAAAGAACCCUUUUUUCUCAUUAUGUUUACUAAACCUUUGGUUAUUGGAAGAUGUCUCUUGAGCACAUAACAUGGCAUUCGUUGCAAGGGAAGAUCUUCCUCCAGAUUCUGGUCUCAAUGGCACCAGACACACUGAUAAGGUGAAGCCCCGCCCCUCUGAUCCCCCCAUGUCAUUGGAGAUCAUGUGCCUGACUCCGUGAUUUCUUCUUUUCCGGUGGAUUCCCACAGGGAAGCCAUGGAGAUGGCAAAGAAGGCGGAGAAGGAAGUACUGACGGGUGAUUGCAGCCUGAACCAAGUCAGCGUUCAGCUGAGAUUGGGUCAACAGAUCCCUCAAUUUGGUCAGGAAAAGCCGAAUCUUGAUGAAAGAAGGCAAGAAAGUUAG